AUGGCCUCUGUUACAGGAUCAUUCACCGCUCUUUCUUGCUCAAUCAAGCCUAAUCAGGCAUUCUUUAACAGGGCCUCCAGAUUGAACUCUGUUUCACUCGCAGUUAGUGGGAAGAACUUCCCAUCUCUCAGGAUGCAGCCAGCUCGUUUCCGCAUCUCAUGCGCUGCCAAGUCAGAGACAGUGGAGAAAGUGUGCAAGAUUGUAAAGAAGCAGCUUGCUCUUACUCCAGAGACUGAAGUUGCUGGACAUUCAACAUUUAUAUCAUUGGGUGCCGAUUCUCUUGACACAGUUGAGAUUGUCAUGGGACUCGAGGAGGAGUUUGGAAUUAGCGUGGAAGAAGAAAGUGCUCAGAGCAUCGUCACCGUUCAAGACGCUGCUGACCUGAUUGAGAAGCUUGUUGUCGAGAAGAACGCUUAA